AUGCAGCCCGACUUGUGUACGAAACCACCGCUUGUCUGGGACUGGGAUAUCGAGCACGCCGACCGCAAGGAGGAAGCGAAGGCGGAUGCCGCCAUUCAUGGCCAUCCGCCAUUUCAGGUGGACCGUAAGCUCCUGAAGGACAUUGUGCAGGAGAGGAUGGGCACAGACGUCGUGCGGGUCAGGUUCCUGGGUGCAGGGACAUUCCACAAGGGUUACGCUAUCACACUGUGCGAUGGUCGUGAGGUAGUUGCUCGCGUCGCUCGCCGCUUCAUGCCUCGCCUGAAGACCGAGUCGGAGAUCGCGACCAUGCAAUACCUGCGAGAACACACGGACAUCCCUGUGCCCACGGUCUACCACUACGACGCGAACCCAUACAAUCGCCUCGGCGGCGAGUACAUCAUCAUGUCCAAGGCCCCCGGCGUCCCGCUAGCCAAGGUGUUCCAAUCCAUGCCGCACAACGAGCUGAUCACGCUGAUGGACAACAUCGCGGCACUCAUCGUCCCGCUCUUUGCACACCGCUUCCCGCGGAUCGGCUCCCUCUAUGUCGGACCGGACCCCGACCCAGUGCAUGACUCUGCUGCGCCGACGCCGACAGUCGCCUCAUAUCAGCCUCAAUUUGUGCGCCACGCGCUGUCGGCUUCCGCCCGCGCGUCGACCUCCACCCAGUUCCACGUCGGGCCCAUCGUGUCGUGGCCGUUCUUCGGCUCGCACCGCGGGGACCUCACCCACCCGAAGGAGAUCGAUCGCGGUCCGUGGCGGACGACUCACGCGUACCUGCAUGCAUGUGCACAGCGCGAGGUGCGCGGCGUGGUGCUCGAGAAUGAGGGCAAGGCGGCCCCGCACCGGCUGCACCUGGACCCGGGCGAGAUCGCAGCGUCGCGGCACCACCAUGUGGAGGCGCUGGCGGGCGACGAGAGCGACACGAGCGAUGAGUGGGAUUGGGAGGAGAGCGAGGGCGAGUGGGAGGGUCCGGGCGACUCGAUGUACCGCGACUACCGGCGGAUGCAGCGGACGACGUUCCUCGUCGCGCACCUGCGCGAGCGCGAGGAGAAGGUACGCCACGAGAUGGAGCGGUUCGUGCACAUGAUGGAGCGGCUCACCGUCGUGAGCCACGAGGAGGGUGUGGCGGGCGGUGGGGAGGAAUUCGGGCUUGAUUGCCACGAUCUGAGCUUGGAGAACGUGUUCGUGGACGAGCACGACAACUCGAAGAUUACAUGCAUCAUUGACUGGGAAGCUACCACGACGCGCCCACUGUGGGCAUGCGCGCAUGUUCCGACCUUCCUGCAGUCGAGCCCGUUCACUGCGAAGAUCUUCCGGGCCACAGUUGAGAGGAUGGCGCGGCACCCGUGCGAGACCCCGGUCAACGGCACGAAGGUGGACCUAGCCGCCGUCGCUGCUGAGUGGCUGUACCAUGAAGUGCACGGCACGCGGUUACGCAUGGCGCACCGGUGCAUCGAGUGGGAUGGGUGGGAGGAGGGGCUCGUUCCCAGCAUCCUGGGUCCUGAGGAAGAGGAGGAGGACUGGUUCAAGAGCUGGGAAGACACCACGGUGGACGAGCACACGCCCGUGGGCAGCGCGACGCCGAGCUCGCGCACGUCUGGGUCGCCGACGCUCACCGAUUCGGCGAGCGACAACGAGAAGCUGCCGAAGGUCGAGAACCCCGCACGCGCGAAGGGCCUGCCGAAGAAGGUCGUUGCGGUUGAGAAGGAGAAGGAGAAGCUGCUGAAUGCGACGGGCGACAUUUGUGGCGGGCGCGGUGGCGAGCUGGGCCGCCGGCUCGAGGCAUGGCUAUACGUGAACGGCGACGGAGAUGGACGCGUAGGACUGGAGAAGCGGUGGGAGGGCGAUGAAGAUGAGUCCGGCGCGGGCUAAAUGUGGCAACUUCUCGCGCGGGGUCGCAGGCGUUGGUGUACGAUGAUAAGGAGUUGUGGUCGGUGCGCAUUAUUAUUUCGGACUCAUGCAUUCAUCGGUUCGUGCUCUACAGCUUCUCAGUGACAUAUAGAUGUGCACAAUGGACCUGGAUAUGAAAUCCUAUGCAUCCUGCUAUUAUAUGUACGCAGCCAAUUACGUCGUAAUGACCUUAACGUGUAUGCAUCCCCGUUGUAAUUAUGUAGCGUCCUGUAGUUAGUCAUGAUCUCGUCCAUGGGUCUCAAUGUAUAUCAUCGUCAACGUUG